AUGGUGGCCGCAAAAAAGAUGAAAAAGUCUCUGGAGUCAAUCAACUCUCGGCUCCAGCUUGUUAUGAAAAGUGGAAAGUAUGUACUGGGGUACAAGCAAACUCUGAAGAUGAUCAGACAGGGCAAAGCGAAAUUGGUCAUCCUCGCCAACAUCUGUCCAGCUUUGAGGUUAUCUGACAUAGAGUACUAUGCCAUGUUGGCCAAAACUAGUGUCCAUCACUACAGUGGCAAUAAUAUUGAAUUGGGCACAGCAUGUGGAAAAUACUACAGAGUGUGCACACUAUCUAUCAUUGAUCCAGGUGAUUCUGAUAUCAUUAGAAGCAUGCCAGAACAGACUGGUGAAAAGUAAAACAUGUAAAUUUUUUCUUUAAUAAAACUUGGC